UAUUGUUUAAAAAUGGAUAUUUUUCUGAUUGAUAAAUGAUAACUACUAACUAAUGUCUAAUAGCUUAAUGCCUUAAUGUUAUUCUGUGCUAAUAACUAAUUAGUCACGACAAGUUAAACCUAAUUUGUCAUGUAAAUAUGUAAUAAGUAACAACUACAGAAUUUCAUAGAUAAUUAAUAAUAAUUUAUACUUCAUAUACUUACAUACAUUGUUAACUUCCAUUUUCUUGUAUCUCUUUCUAAAAUUAACUAAUUGUUCAUUAUUUUAAAUCGUUGGUUGGAUGAUACAAGAAUAUUAUUAUGUCCAGUAUAGAAUCAAAAAUUAAAAACCGAUCUGCCAAUUACAAACAUGGUAAAAACCGAGAUGUCAAUUUUCGAGAUAUCAUGAGACAUAGAUAUAAAAAUAUCAUUAAGAAUAAACGAGAGUCUCUUUUAGAACGAGUUCGCAAUGUUGCGUAUGAAAUGCGAGAAAAUGAGGUCACUUCGUUUAUUGACAAAACAUGCAUAAAAAUUGAUGUGGAUGAAGAUGAUGGAUUUCACUCUCUGGACGAAGAAGAUAAAAUAUUUGAUGAAAUUAAACAGGAAAUUUUAGAUGAAGAAAUGAAAUGGAUUUGUGCACAAGACAUCGAUUAUAAUAUAUAUUUACAGCAUUUACAAAAUAGUUCGAUUGAAUGUCCUGUCUGCCACACAGGCAACCUUGUAAAAUCAACUGCCAAUACAAUUUCUUGUGAUAUAUGCCAUACAUCCAUUCAGACAUUCCUUGAAAUUGAUGCAUUAAAAAAUAAUAUGGAAAAUACAGUUGCUGAACAUUCAUGUGUUUGUCAGUCACCAAUCGAAUGUAUUGUUUUUCCGACACCUUAUGAUAAUUCUAUGUUUAUGUUAUGUAACGUCUGUCAGUUCCUUUUUCAGAUAUCAUAAGUUAGGUUAGUAAUAAAAAUAAUUUAUAAUAAUAUGUUUAAGCUGAUGUGUAGAACCUGUAUUCAAAAUUAUUUUAAUAUAAUGUUUGUAUUUUAUUGUCUCUGUAGAUUAAAAUUCUUAACAAACAAAUAUUUUGGGUGAUUUAUAUUAAUAUAUUGACAUAAUUAUAAUAUAUAAAAUAUAUCAUAUAAUAA